GAGAAUCCCCCAAGGCUUGGUGAUGGCACUUCCUUAUGAGGUAAAUAGUUAACUAGAGUGGGAGAAAAGGAAGCAGAGGCAGCUGCCUAGAGCUUAUUUGCCAGAACAGUAGGUGAGCUCCCACUUCCUGGUCACUUUGUUCUCCUGAACUCUGUUGUGCAUUUGAGAUUUUGAAACAUGGUGCAGACAUCAUUUUGGGUUCUGAAGAAGCAUUUUGAAGGCUUCCCUAAACUUAGUGAUUUUGAGUUCAAAGGGGCAGAAUUACCAGCACUGAAAAAUGGAGAUGUGCUGCUCGAAUCUGUGUUCUUCAGCGUUGACCCUUACAUGAGACCCUACAGCAAGACAAUGAUGAAGGAAGGGGAUAUAAUGAUAGGAAGCCAAGUGGCAAAGGUUCUGGAAAGCAAGGAUCCUAAAUUUCCUGUAGGAACCUAUGUUGUGGCUUCUGCAGGCUGGGUUACUCACUUUGUUUCCAGUGGCAGAGAUUUACAGCCAAUGACCCAUGACUGGCCAAAUGAACUUCCCAGAUCUCUGGCUCUUGGAGCAGUUGGCAUGCCUGGGCUUACUGCGUACUUCGGCCUUUUUGAAGUUUGCAAGCUGAAAGCAGGAGAGACUAUUUUGAUCAAUUCUGCAGCUGGUGCAGUGGGCAGCAUAGCUGGGCAAAUUGCUAAAAUAGCAGGUUGCAAAGUGGUGGGCUCUGCAGGUUCGGAUGAAAAAGUGGCCUUUCUAAAAAGUCUUGGCUUUGAUGUUGCCUUUAACUACAAGACUGUCGGAUCCCUGGCAGAGGCUCUGAAGAAAGCAUCUCCCGAUGGUUACGACUGCUACUUUGAUAAUGUGGGAGGCGAGUUCAGCAGUGUUGUUCUGCAGCAAAUGAAGAAAUACGGGAGAAUUGCAGUGUGUGGUGCUAUUUCGUUGUACAAUGACCAGGAAGCCCAAAAAGGACCUUAUAUCCAGUUUCCUAUGAUCCGUAAAGAGCUCCGCAUGGAAGGCUUCCUGGUAACACGGUGGGAAAACAGGAAGGAUGAAGGUGUGAAAGCUCUGUUGAAAUGGAUCAUGGAGAGGAAAAUUAAGUGGCAAGAACAUGUCACCGAAGGAUUUAUGAACAUGCCAGCAGCAUUUUUAGGAAUGCUAAAGGGAGACAACACUGGCAAGGCAAUCAUAAAAGCAUAAAAGGCACAUGGCUCUUCUUUCCAUUAAAUUUAGCACGCUGAAUUCCUACCCGCACCUUCUUUAAUUGCACACUGUCUUCUGGCCAGAGCUCAUUCAUAAACAUGUGUGAUUUUGUAAUAAAACAGACGUAAGCUAAUAUAACACA